AUGCCAGCUCGUUAUGUUCUAGUCCCAUCUGCCAUCGUUGGCGGAAGCAAAUUAGAAACAGAUGCAAAGGGAAAAGUCAAAGUUGCGAAUGAAACCGCAGAUAAACUCACCGAGGAGUCACUCCUUUACUUGCCAACUUGGAACAAACAGGAAAAGUACGAACCUUACAAGUUUUUGACACACGAAGACAAUGCGUUGAAAGCUGACAAGAACUUGCCAAAUUUGUUCAAGGGCAAUGACUACGAAACAACUAAUCUUUCACCCAAAUUGGGAACCGAAAUCAAAGGUAUCCAAUUGUCUCAAUUGGAUGAUGCGGGCAAGGACGAAGUUGCAUUACUUGCUUCCCAGAGAGGCGUGUUGGUUUUCAGAGACCAGGACUUGAUUGCCAAGGGCCCUCAGAACUUGGUUGACUAUGUCAAACAUUAUGGCACACCCCAUAUCCACCCGACUUCGGGCGCGCCAAAAGAGCAGCCAGAUAUCCACGUUGUUUUAACUGGUGACACUAAGGAAGACCCCUUUGCCACCAAGAAUAAUCUCGUGCAAUGGCACUCCGACGUCAGUUACGAAUUAAACCCCACGGCCAUUUCCUUGUUAUCUGUGACCAACAUCCCCAAGGAAGGGGGCGGCGACACCACUUUUGUCAAUGCCGUUGAGGCCUAUGAGCGCUUAUCCCCCUUGUUCAAGGAGUUGAUAUCUGACUUGAAAGCCGUCCACAGUGGUGUUGACCAGGCAAACUUGUCGAUUGUGAAAGGCGGUGUUGUCAAGAGACAUCCAGUUGAAAACAUCCACCCCGUGGUUAGAACCACGCCUACGGGACAAAAAGUCUUGUAUGUCAACAGUGGAUUCACUAGGAAGAUAGUUGGGUUAAAGGACGAAGAAUCGACUUUUUUGCUCAAUUUCUUGUUCAACCAUAUCCGAAAUGGCCACGACUUCCAAAUCAGAGUCAAUUGGCAACCAAACACGGUGGUGGUUUUCGACAACAGAAUUGUUGGCCACGCUGCUAUUCUUGACUUUGACACGACUGACCGUAGAUUGAUCAUUCGCUCUGCUGCUAGAGGAGAGCGUCCAGUCCACGAUUUGAAAGACUUGAACAAGCCUGAUGAAAAUCAUGUUUAUGAAGGUCCAGAGUACAUCGGCAACCACAAAGACAUAUAA